AUCCUUCACGAUUCUGUGAUGGUGUGAAAUCCCUCAUGUCCUCAGAGUGGGUCUCAGGAUUCCUGGAGCAGGGGAAGCUGUCCCAGCUCAGGCAGGCCCUGAGGAGGUGCUUACAGAGCAUUAUUUGCCCCAUGGCUUAAUUGCCUUCACAUUACCCAGUUGUUAAUUCAAUAGGUGCAGGAAGUGAUUUGGCUGCUUUGUUGCAGGCUUUGGCUGUGUGCCUUUCCACAGCAGGUAUUUAUUUGGCUUGGCACCUGGAGCAGGAGCAUUCCCUGGCAGCAGGCCCAGGAAAGCCAAAGGACAAUUAAAGAGGAGAUGUCUCCUUUCAGCAAGUGAGGGCUUCUCCUCACUGCACGAGAAUGGCUUUGGAGGAUGUGUCCCUGAUACAAGUCUGAGGUGAACAUUUUUCCUGGCCUGGGAACCAUUUAACAUGGGCAAUCUCUGAAAGGGCAGGGCUUUUUCCUUUAGGUUAGGAAUGAAUUAGGUUGUGAUUUGUAAAAUGUCUUGUCACUGCUACCUCCUAAUGUCUGCAGUCAGGGGGUGUGUCCAGCUCAUACCCUCUCUUAGUUUUAUCAUUAUGUUACCUUUUUGACCUCUCCCAAUCCUAUGUUUUGUAGUAUUUCCUGGCUAUAAUGGGAAUAAAAAACCCAAUCCCAGUCUCCAAACCAACAUCCCCCUAAACCUGGAUUAAGACAAUUUCAAUCCAAGUAAGUUUUCAGAUUCAGUGGAGUUGAGUAAUUUUUGAGGGUCUGCUUUGGAUGGUUGUGGUCUUUUGGUUAAAGUGCUGAAAUCAUUUGAGAAAACAGUGACAGGAGAUGGGUGAACCACAAGAAAAUGGGAACACUCGCUGGAAUCAUCACAAAAUCUUUGCAUCUUUCUCUCAUGACAGCCACACUUUAAUCCUGUUUGUUACUUUCAUUGCUUGUGUUGCAAGGAAGGAAAAGCGAAGCAGUCAUACUUGGCUUCCACCCUGGAAGAUACUAAAGCUGCCAUCCCAGGGAAUUCUGUCUUACAGCUCUUUGAGUGCCACGUGCGGGGUCAGCCUUGGGCAGCUUUGGAGUCUGUGGUAAAAUGAACUCCAUUGUUCCUGGCAACAAAAAAUGCCUGCUCUUUGUUGAAAGGAAGGCAAAAUGACAGUGAUAAGUUUGCUCAAUUCUCAGUGAAUUAUCCAAAAUAACACACAAAACAGGGAAAGGGCCACAUAUCCUUUGAGCUUGUUUCAGGAUGUGUUUAGGGAAGGAGGUAUUUGGAGGAAACCCAUCACUAACAUUUUUGAUGAAUGUGAUCACCAGCGAGGACAGAGUGGAUGGUUAUGGCCCCCGUUAUCUUGUGUUUCUCUGUUGGUUUCCCUCCUUUUUUAAAUUUUCAGCUUGCAGGACUCCAAGUUGCCUCAAUACACACAAGGUACAGGAAUAUGUCAAGACAUUGUUUUAAAAAUUAUGGCAGCUAACAUGAGCACAGCAUUUUUUCUUUCCUAAAAUUGCUAGUGAAUGCCCAUCAGGAGUAUGUUGAGGUGCCAGGAGACUAAGCAUACUGGAGGCUUUCUCUAGAAAAUGAGCUCCUGAAAAGAGGAACAUUUGAUUUAAUUUUAAUUCUGCAUUUUUACCUUUGUUUUUCUGCUAAACAUUAGAAAAUUCCCAUAAAAUAAAUAUGAUCAGGACAUUGACUGAAAAAUGUGUUUCACUUUUCUCCAAAUACUGUUCUGCUGUGAGCUAAAAGUUGUUUAAUUUAGAUAAAGUUUGCCAUUAGCAUAUGAAUAUAUACUUGAAUUUGCAGAAUCAUAUGUAUUCUAAUGAAGUUUUUUGCUUUGUUCAAAUCCUCAUUUUUUAGGGGAGUGCUGUUCUAUCAAGCACACUUUCCAUUUGGGUGGCCCUGGCUUGUGUUCCUGGUACACACCAUUUGAAACAAAUUCUUCAGGUAUGAGGGUCGUUGCUGUCAGAGAUGAAGUUCCAAACAGAAGAAAGCAGAAAAUGAGGAGCUGAUGGAAUUUUGACAGCGGGAAUUCAAUUCAUCUCUUCUGAGUAAAUGAAGAAAGUGACUAUGAAAGCACAGCAUCUUCCUUCUGUUUUCAUCAAUGAGGAGAAGUUCAUAACCAGAGAGCAGUUCAGUUUUCUUCUGAAGAAUUAUAACUCUUACUAUUCGGAUCAAGAGAAUCUACAACUGACAUGUAAUCAGCGAGAAGGAAACGCACCAUUUAUUGAAGGAAUCCUGUCAAUAUUUUGGGGAGUGCGACACCCUAUCCGAUUAAAAAUUCAGGAUGAGAAGCUGAUACCCUCUUUUGUAACCCUGAAGUCAACAGGGAGCGUGGAUUUGUUCCCUAGUAAAAGGGGAAUGACUCGCUGGGGAGAAUUUGAUGACCUGCAUCACAUUAGUGGGGAGACGCUGAAGUCUGCUGAGGAGCAGCCAGACCUCGAGCAAAGUUAUCCAUGUUAUGAAAGCCACACGCUGAAGCCCAGGAGUGAGCAGGAGCACGACUGUGCCACCCUGCCCCGGACCAGCAGCGAUGCCGCGGCCGUGCGGAAGAGGACCAAGCUCCCCACAGCAGCCAGGACAGAAGGAGAAACUCACAGGUUCUCAAUCAAUGGCCACUUCUACAACCACGAGACAUCAGUUUUCACUCCGGCUUUUGGAUCAGAAACCAAAAUAAGAAUCAACAGCCACAUGAGAACCAGACAUGUGAUAGAACAGCUGCUUCGCAAGUUUAAGAUAGAAAACAGCCCCCAUGAAUUUGCACUUUACAUUAUCCAUGCAUCUGGAGAAAAGAAGCAGCUGAGGAGUGGAGACGUCCCCUUGCUGCACAGGCUGCUGCAGGGGCCCUCGGAGAAGAUUGCCAAGUUCUUUCUCAUGGAUGGGGACGUGGAAGAGAUCAGCAGUGACGUUGCUCAGUACAUUCCAUUUCAUCUUCCCUUUUUGGAAUCAAUUUUGCAUAGAAUAAAUAAAGAGGAGGAGCAGGAGAUUCAACAGACAAUAGCAAGGUACCUGAAAGAGAAGAGCCUGAUACGGCAACACCUUCGCAGUCGAACUGUUAGAAAAACAGAGACCACAGUUUGAUGGGAACAGCCCCUUGGGAACAGCCCCCUGGGUGUGCGGAGGGGCAGUCGCUGUGCUGCUUGUUUCUGGGGGCUGGGACUGAGGAGCACUUCAAGCUCAGGCUGUGCAGAGGGAGGGAGUUUCUCCUGAGCAUUAAACAGCCGAAACUGCCCCCACUGCUGCAGCGCUGGGAUGCGGGUUGGAACCACCUAAGGAGAUGCACUACAUCCCCCAAACAACAGAUGCUCAAUCUGGCUUGGAACUUAGGGAAAAAUAUGCCCUGAAAAGCCCAAGGCUUUAAACUCUGCUGAUGUACAACCCGUUACCAAGAGGCUGGCAUAGAAAAAUAUUGCAAUAACCACUGUGUUAAUAGAAAAUAUGCAAAUUAAGUAUAUGGUUAUUAGAGAAAUGUGAAAUUAUACUAGCAGAAAGCUUUUCAUAGAGCCAAGUGGCAGAAGGUAUUUAUGUAUUUAAAACAGCAGGUAGGAUUUUCACUUAACUCAUAGAAUAUCCAUGCGAGAUGCCUGAAAUCCCACUGGCUUCAGGUUGGUGGAUGCUGAACCUGCUUAAGCUUUGAGCUACGGUUGGAAAAACAUAAUUGGCAGCCUCCCACAUACAAUUUGCUCAGCUCUUAACCAUGAGAGGGUGUUUAUCCCUGAAAUGCCUUGUGAAAUGCAAAAGAAGAACUGUCACUGAACACUGGUGGGUCCUGGAAGGCAUCUCAGUAGUUUUUGCUGCUGUAGUAAGUGAUUCUGUGGUUCUUCCAGUGUUUUCUGUUUGAAAGGGAAUGGAGAAGUGCUCGGUGAGAGCCUGAAUGUCACAGCCAUGGAGGGUUGGGCUCGUGGCCUCCCCAUGGAUGCAGUUUGGGUCCAGCCCAGCCCCAGCUAGGGCACAGCAGCCAAUGCCAGGCACUGUCUGGUUGAGUUGUGUUGGAUAUUAAAGCUCAAAUUACAGAGAUGCAAAUAAAAUAAAUCGUGUGCAGUUGAUGUUCCUCCUGCAUUAGCCGGUUGUUUUUACCUGGUAUCUGUGACUUACCUCAGCUGCCUUUGCCUUGUGCAGGUAACAAACAGUGAGGGAGGAAAUGAAUGAGCAGAAUGUGUUGCCUACAAAUCCUGUGGAAUAAAUCAAAUUAUAAAACUUUA